AUGUGCGUCAGCGCCGUCAGCAGCAAAAACUUUUGGUUGUAUUUCAGGCGGCGGAGACAAUCCAAGGAGACACCGAGAGCAGCAGGAGAAAUAUACAAAAAGGGACUCUCACCUGAGCAGCAGCAGCAGCAGCAGCAACAGCAGCAGCAGCAGCAGCAGCAGCAGCAGAAGCAGUGGCUGCAAAGGCCUCAACUGCAGCAGCAGCAGCAACAGCAACAGCAGCAGCAGCAGCAGCAGAAGCAGCAGCAGCAGCAGCAGCAACACAGACACGCUCCACAACUCUGUCAAAGAUAG